AUGGGCACGAGAACAGCUGCCGUUGCUGCUGAUCUCUCAUCUCGAGAGCACCCAUCCCGGAGCUUCUCAGCCCGUUCAGCCCGUUCGACCCGUUCAGCCCACUCGUCCCGUUCAGGAAGGCCCCCGCCGCUGGCUGCUCCCGCUACCAACAGCGGUGCUGGUGCCGGCAGUGGAAGCGCUGCGCUACCUCCUCCUCCUCCUCCAGCGCGCUCUCCCUUGUUCCCCCAAGCCGCGACGCUUUCUACCGCGGCCACUGCCUCCGCCGCCCACAACUACGCCGCCCACCACCACAGCCGCCAGCUCUCCUCCUCGCACCCGCACGCCAACGCCAACUCCAACUCCGUCACCAACAACGCCAGCACCAACGGCGCCGCAACCUCCCAUCACGGCCCGCAUCACCACCGCCGCACCUCGUCCUCCAGCCGCCCCGUCUCCAGCCAGCCCGCGCCCCAAAAUGACUACGACACCUCGCACGUAGCCUCCGCCCACUCCUCGAAGCGAAGCUCCAGCAGAGACCGCCCACCGCCCCCGGCAAGGGGCCCCGAUCCCUCGCGGCCCCAUCGACGAAGCAGCACUCGAUCCAACCACCACCACAACCACAAUCAACAGCCCGACAUGGCGCCCUCGGCCACCGCCUCCCACAAUGGCACCGCCAGCGCUGCCGCGUCCCAGCACGGCCAUGCAGAUGCUCCCGCGCCGCCUCGGGCAUCAACGUCCAAGCAGAGCAGGUCGCGUACCAUCAUCCCCACGCAGUCUGGCAAAUGGAUCCUGGGCAAGACCAUCGGUGCGGGAAGUAUGGGCAAGGUCAAGCUUGCCCGCAAGGAGGAUGGUAGUGAACAGGUUGCCUGCAAAAUUAUCCCCCGUGGCUCGACCGACGAUGGCCACCAGUCACGCGCCGACAAGGAGCGCGCCGACCAGUCCAAGGAGAUUCGUACCGCACGCGAGGCCGCCAUCGUGUCCCUCCUAAGCCACCCCAACAUCUGCGGCAUGCGCGAUGUCGUCCGCACCAAUCACCACUGGUACAUGCUGUUCGAAUAUGUAAAUGGCGGCCAGAUGCUCGACUACAUUAUUUCUCACGGCAAGCUCAAGGAGAAGCAAGCCCGCAAGUUUAGUCGUCAAAUCGCGAGCGCCCUUGACUACUGCCACCGAAACAGUAUCGUUCACCGAGACCUCAAGAUUGAAAACAUCCUCAUUAGCAAGACGGGUGAUAUCAAGAUAAUCGACUUUGGCCUGAGUAACCUGUUUGCUCCCCGCAGCCACCUCAAGACCUUCUGUGGCAGCUUGUACUUUGCCGCUCCCGAGCUCUUACAGGCGAGGGCCUACACGGGCCCAGAGGUGGACGUUUGGAGCUUCGGUAUCGUUCUCUACGUCCUUGUCUGCGGCAAAGUCCCUUUUGACGACCAGAGCAUGCCCGCGCUCCAUGCCAAGAUCAAGAGAGGUCUUGUAGAUUAUCCCGGGUGGCUCUCGAGUGAGUGUAAGCAUCUGUUGUCUCGGAUGCUCGUCACAGACCCGAAACAGCGAGCUACCAUGCAGGAGGUCUUGAAUCAUCCGUGGAUGAUCAAGGGCUUUAAUGGCCCCCCCGAAAACCACCUCCCCACCCGCGAGCCUUUGACAACGCCAUUAGAGGCAGAGGUCAUCCAUGCCAUGCAGGGUUUCAAUUUUGGCGCUCCGGAAGCAAUCAACGCGCAGCUCACCAAGACAAUCGAGUCGGAAGAGUAUCACCGUGCCGUCAAGAUGUACCAGCGGGAAAAGGAAACCCCCCCGCCCACCAAGGAUGCCGAGAAGAGGAGACCAUUUGGUUUCGACUUCUACAAGAGGAGAAACUCGGGCACCAGCCGGGAUACCUUGACCGGUCCCAGUACCGAUGCUCUGCAGUUGGGCAAUGAUCCGAUGAAUGCUUUCAGCCCUCUCCUGUCCAUCUACUACUUAGUAAAGGAGAAGCAAGAUCGAGAUCAUGCGGAGAUGUUCCCGCAAGCUCCCAACAGUACUCGCGAGAAAGAAAGGGAGAAGGAGAAGGAACGGGAGAAGGAGCGCGAGCGUGAGCGUGAGCGUGAGCGUGAAAAGGCCAAGGAGCCAGAGAUGCUGCCCGAUAUCACACCUCCUCAGGAGGCCCACACCAAUGCCACGGCCUACGAGAUGCCGGGUGAGAAGCCAACCGGGGGACGAUCGAGACCUCGCGCCCGCACUCAUGGGGAAGACGAUAUGCCUGAGAUUCCCAAGCAGGUGCCAGCACCUCCACCAGAUCCCAAAGUUGAAAUGCUUCAGAAGAAGGAGGGUACUGCCGCCGGUCUUCUGCGACGCUUCAGCACCCGCAAACGCAGGGAACCUGAGCGGCUGGAUAAGGACCGGUCUCAUCCUCCUGUGGUGCAGGUUCAUUCGCCGGCUGAGCCAUCCCCGCUGGCGCCCCGAAAGAGUUUCAGCAUCCGUCGCGGUCGUCGUGAGCGAGAGGAGCAAAUCGAUACCCGUUUCCGCUCAGGCAGCAGCCAGCCACAGCAUAGCGAACUACUUAGUCCUCCCAUGUCUGCUGGCGGCGGCCAGGGUUCCCGGCGGACAGGCGGCCUGGGCCGAUCUACGAGUGUCAACUCGGCCGAGAUGAGGCGCCGCGACAAUGCCAGGUUCGCCAAGGAUCCUCCACCAACCAGCGGCUCUGACCAAUCUGUACUCAAUAAUGACGACAGCUUGAGUGCCCAUCGAGCCCAUGGACACUCGCGGUCAGUCAGCAUGAGGGAUAAGUCGAUUGGCCACGCCCGACGCGAGAGCAUCCAACGGCGUCGCUUGAAGAGGGAGGCAGCCCAAGAAGCCAAUGUGCCGGAGGAGACUGACCAAGAACUGGAGCAGAGCGGAGUCUCUACAGACCGUCUUGAUGAAACUGAACUGGCCAAGCCGGUGUAUCUCAAGGGCCUCUUCAGCGUGUCGACAACGUCUGGCAAGUCUGUGCCGGCAAUCCGAACCGACAUCAAGCGUGUGCUUCGACAGCUGAACGUAGACUACACGGAGAUCAGGGGAGGAUUCAGCUGCCGCCAUGCGCCCAGCAUCGACUUGAACAAGGUGCAGGACCUGCCUGGUAGUCCUGGGCCAACAUCUGGGCACCGACGACGCUUCAGCUUCGGCGGUCUCAGGCGAGGUGAAGACCGUGACGAGUUCCGAGACUCGGAGCGUCCCCCUACCACGCCGCGGACCCCGGGUCGGUCUGACCGAGACCGAUCUGACCGGGAUCGAUCUGACAGGGACCGAUCUGACCGAGACCGCAGCUACUCUAAUUCGGAAACUUCGUUGAACAGCAUCUCGGACAGGAAUAAUGGACAGUCAAGGAGAGUGCCAGGAGAAACGAGCACCCACGUGCAGAGCGACCUCGGCGGAAGCAUGGUACUAGAGUUUGAGAUCUUCAUUGUCAAGGUGCCUCUACUCUCGUUGCACGGAAUCCAGUUCAAGCGAAUGACGGGCAACACUUGGCAAUACAAGAGCAUGGCGGAUCAGAUCCUCCGUGAGGUGAGGCUGUAG